AUGGGGUCGAACACCACCGCGCCUGUACUUGCGGGUGGCUUCAACACCUCUGUGGGGAUCAACAAUGGGUCGGCAGGGAAUCACACCCUCCUCCACCAGCAUCAAGUAACGCCCGAGGAGAUGAGGCACUCCAUCAUCGUCUUCUACACCGUGCUGGUGGUGAUGCUGGUCGCCCAGGGCGCCCUGUUUGCGUGGCGUAGGAAGCACCGGCGCAGCUACGACCUGGCGACGCUGGUGGGCCUCUGGCUCAUCCCCGCCAUCGUCUCCUUCCAGCUCGGUUUCUGGCGCUUCCUGGUUGUGCUGGCCGCCUACACCGGGGUCACCGGUUACUACCUCUACCGCUGCUGCCAGGGCCAGCUCAGCAAGGACCUGCCCCACCAGGUGUACCGCUGGUUCUUCUGGGUCUUCCACGCCUCCUCCGCCCUCGGCCUCGCCGGCUAUGUCCUCCUGCUCAUGGAGGCGCUGGGGUCGGGGCCCCUUCUCCGGGCCUUCAUGUCCCCCUCCACCUGCCUCUCCGUGCUCUGGUAUGGCCUGUACUUUGGCAUCCUGACCCGUGACGCGGCCGAGGUGGCCAGCGACCGAAUGGCAGUGGGACUAGGCCAGCGCCGCCGCCUGGCGGUGUCGCUGUCCUGCAAGCACCUCUUCCACUCCGACUGCAUCCGGGGGUGGACCAUCGUGGGGAAGAAAGACACCUGCCCCACCUGCCACGAGAAGGUGGACCUGAGGAAGCUGUACGCCUCCAGGCCCUGGGAGAGCACCAACAUGUCCUGGACGCAGAUGCUGGACCUCAUCCGCUUCUUCGUGGUGUGGAACCCCGUCAUCCUCACCGGCCUGCAUUUUGUCUUCCACUGGACGGGGCUGGAGGACAGCCUGGACCAGCCCGGUUUCGACCCCGCCCAGCCCUGGAACGGCACGGCGGUGGGUCUCAAUGCCACGGCCAACGUGACGCUGGGAUGA